AUGAUUGUCUCGAUAUGCACGUCGCAGUCGAUGCCUUCUGGCUCCAGCAUCGACUCGACAGACCGCAGUCCGCAUGUCUACUCCUCCCGGCCCAAGAUCCUCCAUCAGAACGACGGCGGCCCUGUCGUUGCCCUGCCAGCUCCCUUCCCUGACCAUGACGAGACCCUAAACCCGUUCGCCCUCAAGUGUAUCUUUGCCGGAAUAUUCGAAUGCGAUAAAUCAUUCGAAGACCCCGAGGACUGGAAACUGCACGUCACCGGCCAUCUCAUGUCCCAUCAGCCCCCGAGCAAAGUGAGCUGCAUAGUGUGCAAGCAGGUCUUUUCAAAUCCGCAGAUCCAGUCUGUCCAGCUGCAGCUAGAGAUGCCGAAUCAACAGCAUCAACAACAGCAACAACAGCCCGUGGGAGGAGAGGCAUGGCAGAACAUGCUGGAUCAUAUCCUUGCUGAACAUCCGCGCUGGGGAGCCUGUGGCCAGGUAGAGCCGUGUCCGGACUUUGACCUGAUGCGCCACAUGUACUGCAUGGGUAUCAUAUCAACAGAGCAGUUCAAGCUGCUGCAGCUCACGAGAGAGACGCCGCCGCAUCUCCCGCAGAAUGGCUCCUCUGCAGAGCCGUACUUCAUCCAGACCAGCUCGCGGAGGGAGCGUAGACAGCGACGGCCGCGUCUUUCAAAUGCCGGCUCAAGGUCGAAGAUCCAUCUAUGA